CACCCUCUCGCCCCCCUGCUGUGACGUGAAGCCACCGCACAGGGCGCUUCGACUUCACCUGCGCGGCGAGGAGGAAGAAGAGGAACAGGAACGAGCCGCCAUUUCAUCCUCGAUCUUCACGUGUUCCACAUUUACCUGCCGUCUUGUCUCACCUGGCGCGGUGUCCUUUUGGUGAAUAACAUCCACGGCUACAACAGGAGCGAGAAGAAAGUGUUGUGGUGGUGUUGUCCACGACGACGACGACGAUGAUGAUGAUGGCCUCCUCGCCUCUCGUGAUGGUGGCGCUGGCUCUCGUUCUCGGCAUGGUCGCCCGAGCUUCCGCUCAAGACAUGUGUCCCGCCUGCAAGGGGGUCGACCCGUGCGUGAGUGCGUGUCGCUUCAACCCCUACGCGACCAAGUGUAGCGUGGACUGCACCAGCGGCUGCAAGGCCAUGUGGAAGGAUCCCGAGAACAAGAUCGUCAACUGCGAGAAACUGACGCCUCGCUGCAUCCUCAUGCACCAGGAGAGCGACGCGCUGAAACGCCAGAGCCGCUCGGGUUCCGCGUCCGGCGGCCGCCUCGACACGGACGGCCUCUACGACCCCAAGUGCUUCGACAACGGCACCUUCAGGGCGGAGCAGUCCAACGAGACGACGCGCCAGCGCUGGUGCGUCAACAGUGCCGGGGUGCGCAACACCGACAAGCUGGUGGACGCGGACCCGGAAUGCAAGCGUCUCGUCAUGUGCACCCAAAUCGUGCUGGACUUCUUCGUGAACAUGACGCACCCUACUGUGCUUGAACCGCAGUUCAAGACGAGACUUCAAAAGGUGAUGCAGGACUCCUUCCUCCUGAGCCCCUCGCAAAUGAGCGAAACCACGAUGGACGAAACCGGAAAUGUUCUCAUCACCAUCAAGGCCGGCAACACGUCUGCCGAUCAGGAUGUGGGGACUGUCGCCUACUACUUGGAGAAGCAGUUUUUGAAGGGGGAGCUGCCGGGCCUGCCACGCGAAGUGCUCGACCUGAGCAAGCGCGGCGCGCAGGUGUGGUACUACGACGACGAGCCGCCGCGCAUGAACAUGAAGCACAUGGCCCCCGGCAUCAUCGCCAUCAUCUGCGUCCUCGUCCUCUCCCUCGUCGCCGCCAUCGUCGUCAUCGUGGUGAUGAAGAAGCGGUCAUCCAAGAAGGACAACAUCUUUGAGGGCCAGGAGCUGCAACAGAAGCUGACAUAAACAACGAGCGACUCGUAAAUCAAGGAGGGCAUCGCUCCUGGCCAACACUCCUUCUGAAAUCGCAUCGCCGUUACCUCCAACCUAGUAGUUAAUGAAUCAUCCCCGAUACAAUGUCGGUAAAUCUUGACCUCUUAGCUGUUUUUGUACAUUUAGGUCAUUCACGUUCAUUGCUUUUGGACCUGGAGGAAAAAAAAAACUUUCUGGUCAUUUGUCUUUGAAAAAAAUGAGGAUGUUUUUCCUGUGGCGUUUUAGAAAUUGUUCUUGGCGCGCCUCCAUGUAAUCAUGCGAUCACUCGUGCGUGAUUUGAUUUUUAUAAUUGGUGUCCUUUAACCUGACCUCCCGUGUGUCGACUUGGAUCUGUGUAGUAGAGUUAACCGUGCCGUACGUCGUCGCAUGCCGUUCUAUAUUUAGGGCUGUGUUUUUAUACUUCACGUUUUAAUAAACAUUUUGAAAACGGGGAAGGGGGGGGUGUGGGAGGGAAAAAACCUGGCAGUGCGAACAAACACUCGCAGCCACCACCGUCUCCUUAAAAAAAAACUAAGUAGCAACGGUUACGUAUUUUAAUUGUCGAUGCAACAUUUAAUACACACUGUUUAAAAGCUCCAAAAACUUCAAAUAUCUACACCUUAAAACUAGCGGCCAUUGUUAAUCUGUAGGCUUGUCUCAAUGUUGUGAUUUCCGUAUAUCAAAAGUUGGGAAUUUAGUCGGCUGGCCAGAAUUGCCCCCCCCCCCCCCCCCCCGCCUAGGGUCGUCCCAGACGUUCAUCCAGGGUAGGUAAACUGAAGAUCCAACCCAGCAAACAUGCUGACAAGUGGCAGUUUUUGAGGUUGCACUAUGGUAUGCUUUGAGGGUCGACAGUUGUGGUUUAUGUUUUGAAUAGUAAUUCCAUGCUUCCCACUUUUGUUUUACCAAACCUGCACUGACCGGCAUGGUGAAGUUAGUCAAAUCCCUACGUGUCUCGCGUGGUGUGAGGCCCUAAUUGAGCAGUGGGGUGAGGGAGGGGGGCUGUUUGUAGAAAAGCCACCCACCGUAGCGAUGGGACGAAUAUCCAUCCUCUCGUUGGGAGGGUGUUGUAAGCGUUGUGCGUGUUGGCAACUUAAAAUCCUGUAACUGUAUUUUCCAGUUGUGCAGCUUGUGAGCUUGGUGGUGAUGCCAGAUAUGGAGGUUAUUCUCUAGAUCAGUGGAUGGAAGUUUUAAAACAUUUGAACAUUUUUAAGUUAUUUUCAAGAAAUCGAUUGCUUGGUCUAAAGGGCAAACGCUGUAAUGUUAUAUUCCUAGAUGAAGGAGCGUUAGAUAAUCCUGGCGGCUGGAUUUUUAACACUUUGCCACUUUCCGGCGAUUCAAUUUGUCACGAUUUAUUGAACCUUGUAGCGAAGGUAGCAGCUACUGGUGGUCGAAGGAGUUUCUAUAAACCGGUACAGUGCACGUCACCUCGAUAGAGAAACAUUACUUCUUAAGUGCGUGCAGUUUAGUGAAAUGUAUCGCGAGCCUAUUUAAUCCAUAUGCCGUUUGCCCUCUAGACAUACCUAAGUAAAGUUCACAGGUGGAAACUCAACUGUGCCCUGUGUUUUUUUUAAAGUGUAACCCCAACAUUCGAGUUGUAAUUCAGGGGGUCUGAUCUCGGAGAAACCACUGGUCUAGCACCACACGUUUGGUUCCUGUUUGUAUGUUGGAAUUGUUUCAUCCGUUAAGGGCAAAAUAAAACUUUUGGAAAAAAUGUGAAA